AUGGCAUCACCAGACCAAGAUCCAUAUUAUUUAGCAGAACAAGAUAUAGCAUCUUCAGUUAGAGGUAUAAUGACAACACAUGAAAAAUGGAAACAACUAUUAUUUAAUACAAAUACAUAUACAAAUAAAGAAUUUAAAUGGUAUAAUAAAGAGAUAAGAAAAGUUUUAGCAGUUAUAGAGGAGGAUAUAGGUGAUAUUUUAGAAGCAAUUGGAACCAUUGAAAAGUUCCCAGGUAGAUAUGUUUUAGCACCAGGUGAAUUGGAUAGAAGAAAGUUAUUUGCAAAUGAUGUAAAAAUAAAGAUAAAUGAAAUUAAAGAGGAUUUACAAAGUCCAAGAGCAUUAGCAAAGAUUGAAGAAGAUAAACAGAACGAACUCCUCUCAUCAGAGAAGAGAAAUAUGAUUGAGAGGGGUGGUAAAUUUGAAGGUCUUAGAAGAGCACACGAUGAAGAUAAUAGAGACUUCCUUCGUGAACAAGCAGGCUAUCAAAGAGAACUUAUGAAUCGACAAGAUGAGGGUUUAGAUCAAAUGAAAGAUGAUGUUCAAAUUUUAGGUGAAAUGGGUAAAGCUAUGCAUUCUGAAUUAAAAAUACAAGAAGGUCUUUUAGAUUCAUUACAUGAUCGUGCAGCAAGAUCAAGUGAAACUUUAGGUAGUGUAAUGAGAAAAUUAGAUAGAUUCAUGGAAUCAACAAGUAGUAAACUACAAUGGACUAUCAUUGCAAUUUUAGGUAUUAUUUUCGUUGGUUUAGUUGUAUUAACUACAAUGAUUAAAAAAUAA